AUGGCGGCCCUAGGUCCCAGCAACCAGACUGUCACUGAGUACAUUGUCCGAGUUCCCAAAAACAUAACGAAAAGAUACAACAUCAUGGCGUUCAAUGCAGCCGACAAAGUCAACUUCUCUACCUGGAAUCAGGCGCGGCUGGAGCGGGACUUGAGCAACAAGAAGAUCUACCAGGAGGAGGAGAUGCCCGAGUCAGGCGCUGGCAGUGAGUUCAACCGCAAGCUGCGGGAGGAGGCCCGCAGGAAGAAGUAUGGCAUCGUCCUCAAGGAGUUCCGGCCCGAGGACCAGCCCUGGUUGCUGCGUGUCAACGGCAAGGCAGGCCGGAGGUUCAAGGGCGUGAAGAAGGGGGGCGUGACGGAGAACACAUCCUACUACAUCUUCACCCAGUGCCCCGACGGCGCCUUCGAGGCCUUCCCCGUGCACAACUGGUACAACUUCAUGCCGCUGGCGCGACACCGCACGCUCACGGCCGAGGAGGCCGAGGAGGAGUGGGAGAGGAGGAACAAGGUCCUGAACCACUUCAGCAUCAUGCACCAGCGGCGGCUCAAGGACCAGGACCAGGACGAGGACGAGGAGGAGAAGAAGGAGAAGCGCAGCCGUAAGAAGGCCAGCGAGCUGCGCAUCCACGACCUGGAGGACGACCUGGAGAUAUCCUCUGAUGACAGCGAGGCCAGCAACGAGGAAGGCGGCAGAGGCCCCAAAGCCAAGAAGAAGGUGCCCGCCGCAAAGGGGGGCAGGAAGAAGAAGAAGAAGAAGGGCUCCGACGACGAGGCCUUCGAGGACAGUGACGACGGGGACUUUGAGGGCCAGGAGGUGGACUACAUGUCGGACGGCUCCAGCAGCUCCCAGGACGAGACUGAGGGCAAACCGCAAGUGACCCAGCAGGAGGAGGGGCCCAAGGGGGUGGAUGAACACAGCGAGAGCAGCGAGGAGAGUGAGGAGGAGAAGCCAGCUGAGGAGGACAAGGAGGAGGAGGAGGAGAAGAAGGCUCCCGCCCCCCAGGAGAAGAAGCGCAAGAAAGACAGCAGUGACGAGUCCGACAGCUCUGAGGAGAGCGACAUCGACAGUGAGGCCUCCUCCGCCCUCUUCAUGGCGAAAAAGAAGACGCCCCCCAAGAGGGAGCGGAAGCCAUCAGGAGGCAGCUCCCGGGGGAACAGCCGCCCCGGCACACCCAGCACUGAGAGCAGUGCUACCUCAUCUACCCUGCGGGCGGCCGCCAACAAGCUGGAGCAAGGCAAACGGAGCAGUGACACCCCCGCCACCAAGCGGCUCCGGAUGGAGGCCGGGCCCCAGAGUCUGUCGGGGAAGUCCACUCCACAGCCCCAGUCCGGGAAGUCGACGCCCAGCAGCAGUGACGUGCAGGUGACAGAGGACGCCGUGCGCCGCUACCUGACCCGCAAGCCCAUGACCACCAAAGACCUGCUGAAGAAGUUCCAGACCAAGAAGACGGGGCUGAGCAGCGAGCAGACGGUGAACGUGCUGGCCCAGAUCCUCAAGCGCCUCAACCCCGAGCGCAAGAUGAUCAAUGACAAGAUGCACUUCUCCCUCAAGGAGUGA